AUGGGCAGCGUGACCGAAACCGACACCAAAUACACAACAGGUGUGAUUCUCGCCGUGACGCAAAAGUCCGAGGGCGAGUAUGAGGUGAACCAGGUGGAGGGCCAGGAUCGGAUCCCGCCCCCUCCAGGAGGGAUCACCGAGCUCGGCUCGCGCCGAUACAUUGAAUACGACAAGAAACCUGUCUAUUGCAAAGGAUACUAUGAGCCGUCCUCGUUCCAGAUUUCGAUCCAGAUCCACAUUCUGGGCGUCAACAUCGGCUCAUACACGAGCAAUCUCAACAACGUCAGCCUCAGUGUUUCGGUCAACAUCAACAGUGCCAAGGGGCGUGUGAAAUGCUACCGCCAGAACAAUGACGUUCGGGUUCAGAUCGAGAUCAGGAAUAAACCCGGGCAUGGCGACCAACAAUGGCAGUGGGACGACAGGAUGCUGAAUUAG